AAUAAAUAUAACCAUGAUGGCAAGCUAUUUCCAUGGACAAAUGCGCUUAAAUGCUUGAAGUAUUGUGUAUUCACAAUCUAAUUGUUAACUUUCUUUCAGGUCACCAUCAAAUAUCCUUCCCAAACUAUGACAAGGGUGUGUGAGCCUGAGGAAGAUCCCAUAGUCAAAUUCCUUGCCCUGAAGAGAUGGAAAGAGGCUGCAAGCCAUGCACUUAAACAUCAACACCUGCGAGAAGAAAUCAAAGACGGGCUCCUUAACCUAAUACGCAAAGAAUGUGAGGCACUGUGCUCUCGAAAGAAUGAUUUCAUUCUGUGGAAGUCUAAACAGGCAGACCUUAAGUCAUUCUCGUUCAUCAGUUUAAGAGACGACCUUCAUCGGCUUGCUCCAUUUUUACUCAAAAUGUUCAACUGCAUCAGCAAUGACAACAACUUCGCUGCCUGUACUGCUGCCGCCAUUGCAAUAAGAGGCAGACAACCACGCAUGGCUGCAUUAUCUUAUUGGAUCAACACCAUUCUACAAUACGGAGGAGCCAAAAAGUCUGUCUUCAAUCGACUGAGCCAGUUAUCCAUCACCACAUCCCAUAAGAGAGCAGUGAAGAAACAGCAGGAGUUGGCACUUGCCUGUGGGGCGGAGUUCAUACAAUUCAAAAGUGGCUUCAAUGCAACAGAUUCUGACUUGUUAGAGGCAUCCCAUAGCCUAGAGGACCUUCAUCUGUCAGAUGAAAACGACACACCAGCCCCCAGACCGGAAGACCACCGUGUGGCAUGCCCGCAAUCAUACUCCAUAAUCAUGGACAAUCUGGAUUUCUUUGUUCACACAUACAACCAGUCCAUCAGUAGCAGCAACAAAAGCAUCCACUGGAUUCACCAUAUAGCCGUCCAAGACCGCAUACCCACAGACCACAUCUCCAACAUCAAACCGACAACAGACAUUCAACAGUACAGGCUGAGAUCAUCACUUCCACAGCAGAGCACCCAGGGUUUCCUGCGCUGUGAAUUCACUAUUCUUGCCACAAGAAUGAUGACCAAGCACAUGGCUGCGUUUGAAAGUUUUGGAGACACAGUGGUUCAUCACAUCCCUCAUCUGUAUUCGAGUGAAAUGUCAAGAAAAUCAACUGAUUUCCCCUUAGGCCUCUUCUUUAAAGAUGAAAACCAAAGAAGUGACUUGACUGAAGUCUUAAGACGCAUACAAGAAGAGUAUAUGCCCACAGACCCUGAUGGGGUACAGCACUUGCUGAUUGGAGGGGACCGCCUCACAGAAGCCAACUGCCGUAAUAUACAGUGGCAAUAUUCCGAUGCAGACACCGAGGAGGGACGAAUGGAGGGGCUGCAUUUUAAAUUUGAAGAUUGGCAUGCCAUUCGAGUUCUGUUUGAGAUUCAUCACAAGAUCUUUUUCACGGAAUCUGCUAAAGACCAUGGCACCCUGUUCGCCAAUAUGACCAAGCUGAGUUUCCGAAGACUCUAAAUCUGAUGACUUUACAUCCACUGCAAACUUUGUUUGUUCGGGGAUGGGAAACACAGUCCUGACAUCAUGAAAAUCAGCUGUGCUGUUCCCGGGGAGGUUGUUUAUGAACUUGGCAUGGUGGUGCAGCAACGCAAAGAGAGGACCCCGUGCUGCAUUUAAUGCUUACAGGGACUUUGUCAUCAAAGAUGCGACUGCUCUGUUCAUAUCGGCUGUGAUGGAGCAUCUUGGCUUUGAUCAUGUCACAGAUUGUCCUGAGGGCCUCGUACCACAGGACAUUAAAGAGGCCUCUCCAGAAGAAAGAAGAACAUGGCUCAACAGAUUAACGGCUGAAAUUGUGUCCAAAUAUGUUCUUCUGCCAGGCAUCACAGAGGCUGCAGAGGCUGCAGAUGCUGCCAGUAACCCAUCAGCCAUUCCAAUUCUGAAGAAUCAGUUCCCUUGUCGCAUGCAGGGUUGUUCAAGAACCUUCACCUACUUCAAAAGAAGACAAACCCACGAACUCAAGACACACAACCUGGUUAUGCCCAAAGAAGCCGCGCCAACCUUCCCCACGGACUGUGAUCACAAAUAUGAACAUUCAGUUGCCAGAUUAGGUUUCAGCUUCCUUCUUUUGGAUUUUUUGGAUGCAGUAAAGGAAGGAGAUGGUGAGAGGCUGAUGCGUCUGUACACAGUAGCGCUGCUAUUCUACAAGGCGUAUGGACACUCUAGCUACGCAUACAGCACUUUCCUCCUUACUGUACAGAUGAAUGCCACAUUGUCACCGCAAAUUCAGGGAUUAAAGCAAAAAAAAGUAA